AUGUUCCCCACAAGGUACGCCUGCGGCAUGGUGCGGCUGGCCGGCGACUCGCCCUGGCCCGGCGUGAUCGUCCUCGUGGUCGGCUACCUGUCCUGGUGGGCCGCGCUGGUGAUAGGCGUGUCCAUGGCGGCGAGGCGCGCGGCGCUGCAGCGCUGGCGGCGCCGGCAGCUGGAGCUGGCCGCGCAGCAGCAGGGCCGCGGCGUGGGGGCGUCCUCGCCGGGGCUCACCUUCAGCCUGGUGGACACGCCGCUCGGCCACCUCAGCCUGGACGAGUACCGCGCCCUCACCCACGCCACCGUGCUGGUCGUCAUGUACGUCGCCAUGCUGGUGCCGGGGAUACUCUCCACGCAGGUGCUGCAGGUGAUGACGACGAGGCCCCGCGCGGCGCACGGCCCGGAGGAGCUGUGGCCCGUGCUGACGGGCACGUACGAGACGGUGCUGGUGUGGCUCCGCCUGCAGUUCUCCGUCGUCGUCCCCGUGGCCAUCGCCAUCCUCAGCAAGGAGGUCCGCCGCAGGGUGAGCGAGAUGACGCAGUGCCUGUACCACGCGUGCUGCUGCUGCCUGUGCUGCUGCACGCGCCGCGCCAACGCGGUGGGGCAGGCCAGGCAGGCCCUGCCGCAGCGCCGCUACGGCCAGCUGGGCGCUGCUCUGCCGCAGGCCAACAACGCCGGCAACGCCAAGGCGGCCUACGCCCCGGCCGGCGCGGGCCGCGGGCAGCGCUGGGCGCGACUGCGGCACCGCGACGUGGACUCCUCCAGCAGGUCCGACGGCGCGGAGACGGUGGUGUCCCCCGGCACGGCGGUGCUGUUCGCCUCGGCGCAGGGCCUGCACCUCCGCACGCUGGACCCGCGGUGGGGCCGCGAGGACGAGGACGCCGACGCCGUGUCCACGCUGGAGCCCGCGGGCGGCGCGGGGAGAGGGGGCCCGUCGGACAGCUCCAUACCGCCCCCUGCCGGGCACGCCGGCGGCUGGGGCCGCCCCUGGGCCGAGGCCGAGGGCUCACUGCCCAGAUACGUCUUCCAGUUCUGCGACCUGGCCGUCAUCGCGGACGCCCCCAGGCACUCCCCCGAGGCCAGCACCGCGUUGGCCGGCCGCGGCUUCGUCCUGGGCCACGCCUCUUCCUCCGCCCCCGCCAGGAAGGUCAUGCAGGACACGGACGAGCGGGAGCCGAGCCUGACUCGGGAGGAGCUGCAGGCGUCGCUGGGCAAGCCGCGCAGCCUGUCCAACAGCUACCGCAAGAACGUGCGCUUCGCGAGCGUGGUGUCCGAGAUCCCGGUCCCGACGCCGCUGUCGAUGGUCGCCGAGAACGACGCCGAGAACGACGCCGAGAACGACCCGACGACGUCGUCGUCCACGGCCUCGUCCUCCGUGACGGCGUCCACGGCGUCCUCCUCGGCUACGGACUCGCCGGUGCGGUACGCGCCGGCCAGGCCGCGGACGAGGUCGCUGGAGCUCGCCCUGGUGUCCGAGGAGCUGCUACCGCCGCCGAGACCGCCGCCGUCCCGGUUCCCGGCCCACCUCAACCACCGCGCUGGCCUCGACCUCACCAAGCCGCCGUCAGCGAGGACGUCCAAAGUCUGAUCCACUCC